GCGGGGCGGUGUUGGGCUGAGGGAGCCAAGAUGGCGGCUGCGCGCUGGGUCGGGGCGGCUGCGGGGCUGUGCGCCCGGGUCUGUCGUACGGUGUUAAAAGAUCAGAAUUUGACAGCUCCACAGUCUUUCCACCACCUUGCUCAAAAGAAACCAGUUCUUCCAUCUGCAGUAUGGCAUAAUGCAGUAAGAGGCAUGUUUAUUCAAACUCAGGACACACCAAAUCCAAAUAGUUUGAAGUUUAUUCCAGGGAAGGAAGUGCUGGAGUCCAGGACCAUGGAGUUUUCCUCGCCAGCUGCAGCAUUUUGCUCACCUUUAGCAAGGCAGUUAUUCAAAAUUGAAGGAGUUAAAAGUGUUUUCUUUGGACCAGACUUCAUCACAAUCACCAAGGAAAGUGAAGACCUGGAUUGGAACUUACUGAAACCAGAUAUUUAUGCCACUAUAAUGGAUUUCUUUGCCUCAGGCUUACCUGUAGUUACUGAUGAGGCACCUAGGACAGAUACAGCUGCAUCAGAAGAUGAUGAUGAAGUUGUACUGAUGAUUAAAGAACUGCUGGACACAAGAAUAAGGCCCACAGUGCAAGAAGAUGGUGGUGAUGUUAUUUAUAAAGGCUUUGAGGAUGGGAUUGUGCAGCUGAAGUUGCAGGGUUCGUGCACCAGCUGUCCCAGUUCCAUCAUCACCCUGAAGAAUGGGAUACAGAACAUGCUCCAGUUCUACAUCCCUGAGGUAGAAGGCGUGGAACAGGUUGUUGACGACGAUGAUGACGUGGAGAAAGAAGCAAACUCUACUUGAGCAAGCAUGAAGCACAAGUACUUGCAUCUUGCUUGCCAGGGAGUGCAGUGUGUGUAACCUGGAUGCCCUGGCAGAGCAAGGGAAGACGUGGCAGAGCAGGACACGUUCCAGUUUGAGAGACUGUAGGAAGAGAAAUAUUUACUGUGCUGCAGCUGAAAUACGUAAAUCAGGCUGUGUGAGUGCUUCUGUUUACUUGUGUGUGCAAGACUUAAUUUCUUCCUGGUGCCUGGCUUUACCAGAUGACUUUGCUGACGGAAAUACUGUUUCUUCUUUGUGCUGCCACAAUCCAGCUGAGUUUGUGGUUCCAUCAGUACUCCCUGCCUGCAAGGAUCUGGGAGUCUGUUCCCCUCUAAUACUCCUUGCCUCUGUAAUUCCACUGAGUCCCUAGGGAGGAUCAAUGAAGUCAGUGGAGAAUCUUUUCUAUAGCAUGCAAAUCAGCAUGUGCAGCCAUAAACAUGAUAAUACUUGUUAGAAAUUUGAAAAUACAUAUUUUAGCAAAGUAUUUUGUCAGGUUUUGUAGCAAGUAAUAACCUACAGUCAUUUAAAUUACCCACUCAGGAUUUGGAAAUUGAUUUGAAAUUACCAUGUUUUCUUUGUUAUGGAGUGUGCAGUGCCUGGUCUUACAAGAUACACUUGAUGACAAAAUUCCCCUGGAGGUAGGCUUAGGCUAUCCAAAAGAGCUUCUGCAAACAUUAUUGCCACGUUCUUCUUUGUCAGCAAACCAUAAAAUGGCAAGUAAUGUUUCUGGUUUCUCAAAAAUAGAGCUUUUUAGGCCUGAUUUGUCAAUUUAGUGAACUACAGAAGCCAAAACCUAAACAGCAAAGUAGCCCUCGUGUGUUAAAUAAAAGUUCUCUC